GCUUUGCUAUGCUUUUGUUCCACCCAGGCCGACGCAGUUCCCCAGUUAUAAGUCACCAAAUACAGUCCUGCACGACUCGCAGUACAUGUUACUCCUGGGCCUGAAGGCCUGACAGCCUGUCAGGCCUUCAAGCUUCAGGCCCUGUCUUGUCGCCAUCGCACCCGAAGCGCCCCUGCAGAUGCAUCCAGAGCGCAGCUCGACAGGCCGCGUACGACCCAUCUCAGGUCGGCACGUCCAGCCAAUUUUGCAGACUGGCGUCAGCUGGUGAUAUAAAGAAAUGACCUCACUCUAGCCAGAGGCCCCUAUAUAUGCAUAUCAGGACAGCUGCGAUCAGUCCAUAGCCCGCAUAACGUCCACCAGUCCAACGAGCACAACCCGCCUCGUCCUCUCUCCGCCAUGCAGUUCCUCGCCGGCUUCCCCGGAGUGCGCAUCGCCCAGAUCGUCGGGAUUGGCGCAUCAGGCUACCUCUCAGGCUUCAUCUCCGCCGCCUCCAUCCUCGGCGUGCCCCCGCUCCUCCUCGCCGCACCCGACGUCGCGACGAAGCAAUGGGCCAAGCUCUACCACACCGGCGCGGCCAUCGCACCCACCACCGCGGGCGUUGCGUUCCUCGCCUACCUCUACCUGGGGUACCACUCUGGGCACUACGUCAGCCCGUCGGAGGGUUAUGCGUACCUCGCUGCCGGCACGCUUACCCUCGCGAUCGCGCCGUACACGCUCCUGACCAUGAUGUCAACAAAUAACGAGCUGAAGGCACUUGCGGAGGGCAAGGAGGAGAAGGUGGUCGAGGAGGCCCGCGUGAAAGCACUGCUUCAGAAGUGGUGGAGUCUGAACUUGGUGCGAGCAUUGGGCCCUGCGACGGGCUUCGUGUUGGGGUUGUUUGCUCUUGGAGGCUAUUUCGCCUGAGAGUUGAUUGUACUCUUUUUGCCGAUGUUAACGUGCUCUACUCCUUGUCCUGUACCACUACAUCUCCUAAUGUACUAUACAACUCGACGCCGUUGGUGACAAUAUGUAUACGGCGUACUUUCAGAAA